AUGUUUGAUGACUUGGUGGACUGCAAGCGCAUCCUGCGGGAAACCGCCAUAAUGACAAGGCUUAGUCAUCCUCACAUUGUUCAGAUCUAUGACAUCAUCGAGCCAUCACACAUGAGAAGUUUCGAUGAGCUGUACAUAGUUAUGGAGCUCUGUGAUUCGGACAUGAAGAAGUUGAUCAAAACCGAUGUUCUUCUCACGCCGCUCCACAUUAAUACUCUACUCUACAACUUGUUGGUGGGGAUGAAGUAUCUACAUUCCGCAGGGAUUUGGCACAGAGAUCUGAAACCAGCAAAUUGCCUGGUAAACCAGGAUUGCUCGGUAAAGAUUUGUGACUUUGGUCUCUCACGCGCCACUUCCUCGGUGCAGCACGCACCAUUGCCCAAUACACCUCGCGGCGAAGAAGAUGCUAGCGAGGUGAGUGGGCCCGUGGUGCCACACACCGCCAAGGCCAAGCGAACCAUGACAAGACAUGUGGUUAGGGUGCGGAUUGUGGCCACGCCGUACACAUGUGUGUGCCCUGAUGACAUCCGACCUUUGGCUGCUCACCCUGCGAAUCCUCGCUUCUGGCAUGGACGUGGUCUUUACCAUGGGGUAUGCCUGGAACGCUGGUAUUGUUCACAUGACUUCAUGAUCAUCCGUUUCCGAGAGGACUCGAGUUCCCGUGAUAUUUUCCUCAAAGUUCCCAAGUCCCUAUACCCAUGGCUCACAUGGAAUGCAAAAAUGGGUGUGGCGAAGUCAGUGAAGGCAGGAUGUGAGAUUUUCACCUUGGUGGUUGAAGAUCCUAGGAGUAUUGAAGAGGUGCAAGAGCGACGAUGGGAGUACUGGCGCGUGACACGUGAUCAGUGGAUUCAGCGUGUUCAAGCUCAGCUCCAGUUUCGAAACAUUGAACAUGAUCAUCACACGCUCUCUUUGGACCGAAGAAGGAUUGUGGAUCGGAUCAUGCAGAUAUCAGCUGACUUCUGGGCCGUGACUGAGGUACAGAGUGUAAGUUUGGCAGCAACGGCCCACUUGGAUGAAGUUGACCAAGUGAAUGACCCUCCUGAGAUUGAAGAAAUUGACAACGCUGAUGCCGCCUCACAGACAAUUGUCACAUGGUCUGCUGCUGAGGCUGUGAUUCUGCCAUGCUUGUCUUGGGACCCCAUUAACCAAGUCUUAGCAUACAUUUCGGGUGUCCACGAUUCGGUGCCUUUCGACAAUGUUGAAUGGAAUGGUUUUGCACAGUGUAUGGAACGUUUCUUACAGAUUCCAUUAGGAGAUUCGAUCAAUACUUCGGUAGGAGGUGGAAGUAAGGUGGAUGCACAUAUGCGAGUGAAACAGCAGGUCGUCACGUUCCUUCUCCAAUGUGGAGCCGACGCAGUAGCUGUCAACUCAUAUGUUCGUGAGCUCUUUGAGAAGGCCGGCCUCAAUCGCCUUCAGCACGCUUUGGCCAUUCGAGAUACAGACGAACGCUUUUCACACUUUCAAAACCUAGCAAAGGCAAUGCAGAUCAGCCCUAUUUCGUUCGCUGACCCAGAAAGUGAUAGAGCCAAGAAGGUCAAAGCGUGGAAGCCAAAAGCCGUACCUGCAGAUGUGGCCGUACAGGCAUCUAAUUUCGCAAUUGCAGAGGACACCUUUGCCACACCAGAUGGCAAAUCAGUCCCGUGUUUGCCAGCAGGAGACCCAGGUCGUGAGGGAAUCAUGCUCGUGGAUGCCAAUGAAGCUGUGACCAUUGCACAAAGUAGUGAACCAAAGCCGCCCGCUUUUGCCAUCUGUGUCCUAGGCCCUGAGUGCCCGCUGUCACAUGCAGGUUGCCAUAGGAUCCAUGUUCCGGCAGCUGAUCGCCACGGCAUGCAUGUCAUUCUCAAGGGGUGCCUACAUCAAUGUGGGUCUACGACCGUAAGCCUUCGUGCCAAGCAGGGUGAUGAUAUCAAGGUUGAGAACUCUUGUUUGACAUCCAUCACGGCGUGGAAGCCAGAGAUGACGGAACAGUUAUGGGAGCAGCUGUUGAAGAACCCAGCUCGCACGUGCGCAACGGUCCUCUCCUUAAAGCCGGCUGAUCAUUACUGCUCCAGUCCAUGGGGAAGAACCUUUCGUGAUGAACAUCAGCCUUGCGAGCCUGAAGCAGCAGUUUCCUUUCAAUACCACUGCAGAAUCCGCGAGUCUGCACUACAGUUUCUGAUGAAGAGGAGCGGGCGUGAGGGUGUGUAUAUCACACCGAAAUCUGAAACCUUGAGCCGUGCGGACGAGAAGUUCAUGGUAAUCUGGCAUCCGGAGAGCACUUGGACACAGGUUAAAGCUUUUGCAGAUAGCCUAGAGUGCCAGUUGGGUUUGGCACGAUCCACCACAGGGUCCUUACACUAUGGUGUGAGGGUUCAUGCCGACAAUUUCACAGAGGUGUAUACAAAGGCAUUCCCAACAAAGUCGCCGCCCAAUGUUCUGAUCACUCACUUCUUGGCCAAAGUGUCACCGACGCCUGUGGGUGCGACCGCUGACAAUCUCCGAGAAUGGUUGAAAGCGCAAGGUUUGCGUGGGAAACCAGUGAGGGCGUUGAAUACAUCUACGUGGUUGAUCUCUACAGUUGAAAGGGUUAGCCAACAAUUCCUGACCUGGCAUGGCAACUCGGUACUUCUGACACCAAUUCAGUCACGUAUAGAGAAGACCCGUCCCACUGUGAUGGCGGGAAAAAAGAGGCAAGAUCGUGCUGAUGCAAUCUCAGAUGACUUUGAAGAUCCCUGGAUGAGCGAAGAUCCGUGGAGUAGAUGGUCCUCUGAAUCCAAAAGCACUGCCUCCAGCUCGUCAUCAGAUCGAACGGGUGGAGAGACGACCACGAAGAUGACCCAACAGAUGACACAUCAGCAGAAGGAAAUGCAAUCGAUGAAGACUAAACUCCAGAAUCUUGAGGCAAAACUGGAUCAGAAAGAGCAGACAGACCAAGCUUGGAAGACAGCUGUAUCACGUGAUGUGCGGGCCUUCAAGGACGAGGUCAAGACAGACCUUCAGCGCAUGGAGACCCAAUAUCAGAAUUCUCUUGAAUCAGCGCUUGCCAGGACUGAGUCUAAAAUAAGCGCGUCUGUUCAGGACUCUAUCCAGAAGCUUCAGCAAUUCAUGAUCGAGCAAAGCAAGCAGCAGAGUGGCAAGCGGCAUACACCACCAAGCCCUGCCAAGUCGGAGGACGCGGAUAUGAACGUGAAGGGCGCUUUGGCCCGCUUUGGCAGUGAAGUAGCCGUAGGCACGGACCAGCUCAAUGUCAUUUUUGAUCUUUUGGGCACUCCAUCAGAGGCCGAGAUAGCUCAACUGCACACUGAGGAGGCUAAGCAGCAUAUCCGAGCGCUGGCAAGACGUGAGCGCAAGGGCGUGCGUAGUCGCUUCCCAGAUGCGCCAGAAGAGUCAAUAGACUUGCUUGAGAAGAUGCUCAAAUUUACUCCAAUCGAGAGAAUUGCCGUUGACGCUGCGCUUGACCACGACCUGUUCAAAGAUAUUCGCGACAAACAGGUCGAGACGGUGGCGUGCUAA